CCUCAUUCUGAUUCAUGACGUCUCCUUUUCACAUAUACGCCGCAGAAAAGGGUGGUAUUGUAUAUAAGUUGCGGCUGCAAAAGGGCUUUAUCAUCUUUAUAUCCUUAGGACCUGUCCGUAUUUGACCCGCAUGCUCCGCAGGACAUUCGCAAUCGACACACCACAUUACCACCAGGUCUACGGAUGAAGACACCAAUCACUUUGCAUGCGUCUCUCGUUUUCAUCGACUCUCAAUCAUGAGCGAACGGCCAAAACAACUGCACUCUGCCAAAUCCUUCAGUCGACUUGAACCCACACAGUCGAAGGGAACGCGAUCCCGCAACCGCGCAAGCACACUCCAGGGGCCUCCUGUUAAUGAUAUUCUGGAUCCUCUCCGAGAAAGGAUCUCUCCGGAGGACGAGGAUCACCAUGUUGAGGGAAGCGUAUUCACGACCCAGGAGCAUGUAGGAGAAGCAACAAUAUCGGAAGACGGAGUGCCGGACAGCUUUGAGGAGCUCCCAAUUGAGAUAAGGAGCUUGACUGAGAGAUUUCUAGAGUCCCUCUCCGCCAAGGUGCAUCCGAGCCCCUUGUCCGCCGACGCUCUGUCUGAGCUUUUCCAAGACUUCUAUUCACGGGCGUCCGCCCAUAUCAACACCCAUAUAGCAACCUUAGCUUCUAGGUUGUCAAGAAACGAUGCUGGAUCUCCUGCUGGGCGGACAGGCAAGGCAGGCGAUAAUGUGGGAGAACAGCAGAUGCUUACCGCAACCGAAGUCGCCAAUCGGAAGAAGGCCAGGAGGCAGUUAGAAGCGAAGCGCCUGUCUAUUGAAGAAGCAGUGGAGAGAAUGGUGUGCGAGCGGGUGUAUGACCGGAUAUAUCGACACCGCAGCACCGACGAUGAGGAACGAGAUCACAAGCUUCGCUCACGUACUGCUGCGCUUUCGCUGGUGGGUAUUGGGUUGAGAGAAUUGUUGAUGACCGCAGAUGACCUAUCGGAAGCGGAGAAGUCCAGGACAAAGGAGCGUGAGGGUGAAAUAAGAGAAUAUUUGUCGACUGCGAGGGCCGACAUACAGAAAAUGGACGAGGAGCGAUAUCCGUUGGGAAAACUCCGGCAUCUAACGGCCGCCCACAAAUCCAUUGUCGAGGCGCUGUCAAAAAUCUUCCCUGCUACCUCGUCCGCAGACGAAGUGCUCCCGACCUUGAUCUACACACUCAUUACUUCAUCCCCGGAGUCACUCAAUGUGGUUAGCAAUCUCAAAUUCGUUCAGCGGUUCAGAGGGCUCAGCCGCCUCGACGGUGAGACCGGAUAUUGCCUGGUCAACCUCGAAGCGGCGGUAUCGUUCUUGGAAACAGUUGAUCUCUCCUCUCUCCGCGCAGAAGAAGCGGGAAGAACACCCUCCCGGCCCACGACCCCGCAUGCCGAGAUAACACCAAUGCCGCUCGGGUUAUCUCAAGCGCCGGAUCUCACACAGACUCCAGCUACUCCCGUAAGAGACGCUCCAAAGCGGGCUCCUAGUCCGGGAUCCAAAGCGCAACGUCGCCUGAGCCAGCUGAUCCAAACCCAAACGAACAGGAUCGAAGCCGCCUCUGAUGCCGUGCGGGACUCCAUCAUCGAUUCUGCGGACCAGGCGCUUGAUACCAUCAACAGCACCCUUGAGAAUAGUUUGAAGUUCCUGUUCGGGAAAGUCAGGGAACGAGAUCCCAACAGCCCAGGAAUCCAUGAUGCACCCAUACUACCCAAGACGCUUGCUGAAGCACGUAAACUGGUCUCGUCACCGUCCGGAACAGCCAGAGCCGAAGAUGAUGCUGGUAGUGUGAGUGCCGCUAGCUCAGUUUUUGGCGAUGAGAAUGCCUUUGGCGAUGGCAGAAGGGACCCGGGUAGCAAGAUGGCGGAUUUGUUUGGUGGCCGUCGUCCGAUAAGGGACCGUAGUGUGGACUCAGCAAAGUCUGGCGGCAGCAAUAGCAGUCGAAAGCCUGCAGCAACGACGACUUCGAAUGACGGCAAAUUGGCACCCUCUGUCCCUGUCAGACCGGAACCACAGUCAUCCAAUAGUGCUGGCUUCGCGGUGGACUCGCUCAGGAGCAUGAGCAACUCUUUGAACCCACUGAAUCGCUUCGCCAAUAUGAAUGUACUUCCUAGGUUUGGACGUGCAACUCCGAGCGCUUCUAACACACCCAAUGCGGCUUCACCGAUCAUUGAGCACAAUAAACAGCUGCCCCAGGCCUCUCCGGCGUCUCGAACCGUGUCCGGAGAAGUGCCACACGUGGAAGAGAAGGCAGUGCGGGCGGUAGCAGCGCUGGAAGCAUUGCGGAAGACGACGCCGCCUGUCAAGAAGUUUCUGGAGGCCAAGGAUGGACAGGAGCUCAAGUUGAAGGAGGUGGACGAACUGUUGAAGGAGUACCAGCGCUUAGCCGGCGCGUUGCGGGCCGCUAUCAAUUAUCGAAAUGAGGAUAAAGUCAAUAUGUAGACCAGUGUGCAGGUCGGAUUGUUCGAUGUGCAGUUGUAGGUAUACAGUGUACAUGUAGAUGGUGUCUGAGAUGAUCUGUAGUUUGAACAGUGGCUGGUGGGCAUGGACCGGAUGCGCAGAGGGGAUCAAACCCUAUUUCUGCCGAUACCGCCUGUUCAACGACUGUAUGCAUCAUUGCUGUUCUGCCCUCCUGUUGUUUUAUUC